UAAAUUUCCAGACAAGUUCAAGAGUUUGGAAGAGCGGAUGAGGGAAGCGGCAAACGAAGCAGAAGAUAUCUUAGAAUAUCUUGUGUUGGAAAAGGUUUUCUUGUCUUCUGAUGAAGAGUCUGAAUUACACGAUGAACUCGACCGAGGCACUGUGAUUAAGGAUAUUAAUUUGAAGAUGGAAAACAUGUGGAAGGAGUGCGGCCAAGAUUUUCCAGACGACGAAGCUACAGACAACAGUUUGAAAGGACGAAUUCGCAACGUAGUAAAUGAAGCAGAAAAAAUCAACAGCUUCUUAAAGUGGGAGAGAAAUCACAUUCGUUUCAGAGACAAGUGGAGAUUUUUACCACCGAGUUCGCUAUGUUCAAGUCCAGACUCCACUUCAUAAACCACUUGAAAAAGAUGGGAAGUGAAAUUGACUCGAUCAUGGCGGAGGCAACUGCCGUGAAGUAUAACAACAGCGACAAGGCUGCUUCCUCAUCUGGACUUGCACCGCCCGACAGGGUUAGUGAUGAUGAGAAGCAGGAGGAAGAGGAGACUGACUGCUACCGUAGUUCAAAAUACGAACUCCAGAUGGAAAGGGUGAUGGAGGAGAUUGCUUUGGUUGCUGCACAAGUGAAGGAAAUCAAGGAUAGCUCCAGCAGCAAAGACGUUGAACGUGGUGGUGCUGACACUCCUGCUGCUCCUAGUUCAUCACCCAUCCACAAAGAUUCCAUGGUUGGUUUUGAAGAUUAUGUGUUAGACGUGAAGGAUCGCCUCUGUGGAGAGCCAUCCCGACUCCAAGUCAUCGCAAUCUGUGGUAUGGGUGGCAUCGGCAAAACUACUCUUGCCAGGAACGUUUAUGAUGAUCCAUUAACGGUGGGCCAUUUUCUGAUUCGUGUUUGGUCCUUGAAGGAAUACAACACAGGUGGAUUGGGAAAAAGUGAUGAUGAAAAAGUGCACAAAAUUUUAACUCGGAGGAGAUAUUUAGUUGUGAUGGAUGAUAUGUGGAGUGGUGAGGCAUGGGAUGUCGUCAGAAGGGUAUUUCCUGAUGAUGGCAAUGGAAGCCGUGUUGUGCUAACCACGAGGUUGUUUGAGGUGGCUUCUUAUCCGGAUUCUUCAAGGCUUCAUGAGAUGAGCUUGUUGAAUGCAGAGCAGAGUUGGAAUUUGUUCAAGCAUAAGGUGUUUGUAGAUAAAGAAUGUCCUUCCAAUUUAGAAGAUGUUGGGAAGGAGAUUGCAAGAAGCUGCAAAGGUUUGCCCCUCGCGAUUGUGGUGAUUGCGGGGCUUCUAUCCACAGUUAGUAAGAAUCCAUCUUCAUGGCAGGAGAUUGCAGAAAAGGUGAAGUCUGCAAAAACUACAGAGCAUGACCAAAUCGAGGAGAUACUAUCUUUGAGCUACGUCGAAUUACCUCAAUAUUUGAGGCCAUGUUUCUUGUACAUGGCUACCUUUCCGGAAGAUGAUGAGAUCCAUGCAAAGAAACUUAUCAGAUUAUGGGUAGCUGAGGGCUUUGUGAAAUAUCCAAGCAACUCUGAAAGCUUUGAAAAGGUGGGAGAAGAGUGUUUAGAUGAACUCAUGAAGAGAAAUCUUGUUUUGGUCAAAAAGAGGAAGUCUGAUAACAGAAUCAAAAGCUGCAGCCUCCAUGAUCUGAUGAGGGACUUGUGCAUAAGAAAAGCGCAUGAAAGUCAGUUUUUCUUGAAUCUGAUGGAUAAGCAUGUUAAAAAGAAGCCUUUUAGAAAAAGGAUAAAGAAUCAACGCCGCGUAAGCAUUAAAUCUUCUCGUCUAAGAUACCUUUCAGACGAUGAUGAUUCAACCAUCCAUUCCAUCAGAUGCUCGGAAUAUGAUUUAGUGAAACUGAACUUUGUCAAGGGUGUGAGGUUGCUGAGGGUGUUAGAUACGGUACCUGCUGACGUGGAGAGCUCACCAUCAGUGCAUCAACUAUGUGAGUUAUUUCAUUUAAGAUAUCUUGCUAUUAACUAUAUGGAAUCUAUUCCUAAGGGAUUAUCGAUGCUUAAGAAUCUGCAAACCUUAAUCAUUGAUAGAGAAAGGCGAGAAAAAUUCUUAAUUGCAGUAGUUCUUAAUCUUGUGUUGGGUUGGGACACGCCACAAUUAAGACAUGUUCACUUUCACGGCACAAUCUAUUUUGAGGAUCCAAGUGAAACAACUAUCUCUCUAGAGAGGCUUCAAACACUGUCACUACUACAAAAACGCUCAUAG